CCAGUAUCUCUCGAUAUUUCGUGCCGUGUCAGUCUCACUCCUGAGAGCCAAACGAUUUCGUCCCACUGGUAUAAACCCCUCGUAACGCGGCGAGAGAGCAGCGAGAGAACUUUCACCCUUGGUUUUAUAAUUUUCAUUGAGCGGAGAAAUCAUUCAACAUGACUGUCGCUACUGAGGCCGAGAACAACACAACUGUCGCUGAGAAGGAGAAUAAGGACGUUAAGGACCUUAAAGCGGCGUUGAACGAGGAGACGCCGUCUGACAACAAGCAACAGACUGACGAUGAGACCAAUACCGAGAAAACAGAGGGUGAGAAAAAGGAGGACACCACCAAUGAGGAUAACACGAGUAAGACUAAUGUACACAAGGUCAAUUUCGAGAAGGACGUCGUGUAUCUUUAUCAAUUGUCACGCACACCAUUGAUACCAUCAAUUUCACCAAAUUGUCUCAAAGUCGAGACUUGGUUGAGACUCAACGACGUCAAAUACGAGAAUGUCGACCAUAAGAUGAAAUUCCGCUCGAAGAAGGGACAACUGCCAUUUAUUGAGCUCGAUGGCUCUGAAAUUGCUGACAGCUCGCUGAUAAUCAAAGAAUUGAGCCAGAAAUACAGAAAAGAGUUGGAUGCUAAUCUCACUAAUGAACAGAAGAUUAUCUCACACGCUAUGAUAUCGAUGAUUGAGAAUCAUCUUGUGUGGGUGUACACCUACUGGCGCAGCAAGAAUAUGGAUCAGAUUAUCAAGGGGUAUAAAAUUAAUCUACAGCACGCUUUUGGCUCACGUCUCCCCAAUAGUAUUCUCAAUUUCUACUUCAAGAUGACGUAUGGGCGAAAGAAUCUGAAGAAGGUGAAGGCCAUGGGAAUGGGCGUACACAGCACUGAGGAAAUUAUUCAGUUGGGGUAUGAUGAUCUCAAGGUGCUCUCUGAAUUACUCGCUGAUAAGCCAUUUUUCUUUGGUGAUGAGCCCACCACUUUGGACGUAACAGCUUUUGCUCACCUGGCACAAAUCCUCUACAUCGAGAAGUCAACGACCUUCGCACUGAGGGACUACAUGCAAGAGAAUUGCUCCAAUCUGGUUGGCCUCUGUUCACGAAUGAAGGACAGAUGUUUCCCCGAUUGGGAUGAAAUUUGUAACACCCUGGAUUUAAAUACCCACUUACCAAAACCACCGAAGGAGGAGGACAAGGACAGCAAAGGCGAGAAGAAAGAGACCAAGGAGUCCAAAGAGGGUAAAGAGGGUGAUAAAGAGAAGGCCGAUGCUGAGGAGAAGGAAGGUGAGAAGGAUAAAGAAGUUGAGGAGAACAAAGAGAAGGAGGAGAGAGUGGAGGAUAAAUAAAUACGUAAUGGUCGAUGGCUGAUGCAGAAAAUAAAAUAAGAGAGGAUGAUGACGAUGAGAUUAAAAAAACAAAUGAUUAAGAAUGAGUCAGAUAAGGGGAAAAUUAUUUGAAAUCGUAUGAUGAAUUAAACGUAGAAAAUUUAUAUAAGAAAUAUGAAACAAAGAGUCUGGAAGAGUUCACAUACUUGCUUGUGUAAUUUUCAAAGUAUAUAUUACUGAUUAUUCAUUUUUAUUAUAUUGAUUUAUAUUCAUUUUUUAUUUUUAUAUAUUUUUUCUCAUUUUAGAAUUUAUGUGUACCUAAAAUAUGCAUUUUUGCUAUUCUUCCGACUCUGCUGAAUUUGUUUUAUUGCGAUGAUUAUUAUAGUGACACUGGUGUUACAGAGUCAGAAUGCAAUAUUGAAGCAAUUGCAAUAGAUUUUGCCAUAAAGAUGAUUUGUUUUUCUUUAAGUGAAGAAAUGUAAAGUACGUAAAUUUCCGAGGAAAUCUUGAAUUCCAUUGAGAGUCGAUUGCCCCUCCCCCCGAUUUUUUACGAGACCUAAUCAUUUGAGGGAAUUUUUAAAUGAUUGAAAAAAUUAAACUCAAUUUAAAAUUGUUAUGGAGUAAAUAAUAAAUAGUUAUUAGUUAAAGCUCUCUUGGCCAUGAUCGAUUGAACAGUCGAUUAUUGGCGAAAGUUUAAUGAUAAUGAGUCAAUGAGGAUAAAGGCCCGAUAACAAAUGCAACAAAAUCGACCAAUGGAGCAGCUCAAUAUAGCAAAAAAAAGUAACGGAACUAAAGUCGUAUCGAUAGUCAGCAGUUUUUUGAAACAUUUCGAAAAAUUUGUUCAUUAAAAGUCAUGAAUUUUGUGAUAUAAAUGAAAGCGAAGUUACGAUACGAUUUAAACAACAAAAAAAAACGACUGUAUUAUUAACCAAUUGCAUGCGUCAUAUUCUAAUCGAUUCGAAAUUUAUUGAGUAGUGUUAGCGAAUUUAAACGAAAAUGAAACACGAAUGACGUCAUCAAAGUACAAUAAUCAUUUUUUCAAUAGAUUUAAAUUAAAAGGCAGGAGACAGGAGAAUUCAUUCUGAGAUUGAGUGAAAUAAAGGGGGAUUGAGUAUCUCUUUUUAUCGCAUUUCAUCUUGUUUAAUGUCUCCAUGCAAAAACGCUUUCGAUGUUUUUGAACACCAGUCUUGCAUUUGUAAUAACAAUUUUUUACACUUUUUUUUACUUUGGUCAAUGCAUCAACGCCAUUCCUGUUAGUGGUAGAUUUUUUUAUAUUGUAUAUUCUUUUUACUAAACGAUAUAUUCGAUAAGAAACCGAUAAACGGUUGAAAUAUAAAAAUACGAAUCUUUUUACUCAAUUUUUUACAAAUAUCAUUUUCAAAUCUCGAGACAUUUAUCAUUAUCGUAUGCAUUGCUCUUAUGAAUGACGAAAUAAAGCAUUUGGUUCGAUCUUUUUGUGCAUUCUCGUCGUAAAUUGCACAUAUAAUUUUCAUCUAUACAUUAUUCAUGUCGAUUACUUCAUUAAUAUUCAUGUAAUUUCUCGUUUUUUUUAAUUUUUAUACUUGUAAUUAGUUACUUCUAUUCUCUAUAUUUUAUGUUCGAAGAGUACUGGAUAAAUCGAUGAAUCAAAUAAUUGAUUCAUUCGAUUGACGAAAAGUCCAAAACUAUUACCAUGACAUGUCUUUCUGAUAGCCGAGAUGGAUUAUUUACUUUUACGUUUGCCUUAUUUCUAUUUUUUUUUUGAAUAAGUGGCAGCUGCUGAAUACUCGUACGCCUUUUAAAUAAUCCCGUUGUUUUAUUAUUGAACUGAGAUGAUAAUUUGAUUUUUAAUAUGAUGAUUAAAAAAAUUAAAGAAUGAACAAACAUGUAUUGUGUAUUAGGAAAUGAAGGGGAAUGAUGGGAAACGAAUUGAAAGCACAUGCAAAAUAGUUUAUGAAUAGUAUACAGUGCAUAUUAAAGUAAUUCAAUGUGAGUUAUAAGAUAUUUCGGUUUAUACUCAGUGCUAUACAUUUCACUGUCAUUAUUACACCACCAUUAAUUGUAUCAUGCGAGAAAAAAAAUAAAAUGUGUUUAUAAAUAAA